GCCUCUCGCUCCUCCCCUGCCUCUCUUCCGUGCCCGCCUUCCGUCGCCGCUGCUUUUCCGUGCGCCCGUGUCUGCUGCCUGUGUCCGUGGCCCACCGGUGCCCCUGUCCCCAUCCCUGUCCCCAGCCCCGUCCCCUGCCCGCUUCGGCGCUGUCCCGGCGCUGUCCCCGGCUGUCCCGGCGCUAUCCCGGCGCUGUCCCUGGGUGUUCCGGCGGUGUCCCCGGGUGUCCCGGCGCUGUCACCGGUGGUUCCGGCGCUGUCGCCGUGUGUCGCGGCGCUGUCGCCGUGCGUCCCCGCGUGUCCCCGCGUGUCCCAUGUCGCGGCGGGCGGUGCGGGUGCUGCGGCUGGGCGCGGUGCCGUACGCGGAGGCGCUGCGGGUGCAGGAGCGCUGCGUGGCGGCGGCGCGGGCGGCGCGGGGCGGCCCGGGGGGUGAUGUCCCGGGGGAUGCCGUCCCUGCGGAGAGCGUGGUGCUGAGCGAGCCGGCUCGGCCCGUGUACGCCUGGGGGCUGCGGGGCGCGCCGGGCGCGGCGGCGGCGGCGGCGCUGCGGGCGCGGGGCGCGGCGCUGGUGGCGGCGCGGCGCGGCGGGCACAUCACCUUCCACGGCCCCGGGCAGCUCCUCGCCUUCCCCGUGCUCGACCUGCGCCGCCGCCGGCUGCCUCUCCGCGGCUACGUGGCCGGGCUGGAGGCGCUGGUGCUGCGGCUGUGCCGGCGGCUCGGGCUGCGAGCGGCGCGGGCGCUGCCGCCGCCCUUCACCGGGGUCUGGAUGGGCGACAGCAAGCUCUGUGCCAUCGGUGUGCACUGCGGGAACCACAUCACCUCGCACGGGCUGGCGCUGAACUGCUGCACCGACCUCUCGUGGUUCGAGCACAUCGUCCCCUGCGGGCUGGAGGGCACGGGCGUCACCUCGCUCAGCCGCGAGCUGGGCCACCACGUCGCCGUCAGCCACGUCCUCCAGCCCUUCCUCGACUCCUUCCAGGAGGUGUUUGAGUGCACUUUGGUCUCUUCAGAAGACCCCGGGGAUUAGGAUUGUUGUUCUGCCUUGGACGAGUGUGCCCCGGGCCAGGGCAGCCCCGGGGGUCUCUGUUCUGAGACGAGUUCUGGUGCCUUUGCCUGGGGACUGUGAGUGGACCGUGGCACAGGGUUUCAGGCUGCUGCUGGACCAUCCAAACCUGCCCUGGGGAUGGCCUGUGAGCCUCCAUCCCCCUGCUGAGACCUCCAUGGGUGCCACUGACCAUCCAAACCUGCCCUGGGGCUGGCCUGUGAGCCUCCAUCCCUCAGCUGACACCUCCGUGGGUACCAUGUCCCCACGUCACUUGCUGGGGGAGUACCCAAACAGGUGCUUUUGUGGGUUUUUUUCUGCUUUUUGCCCCACAAAAAUUAAAGAAUGUGUGAAUGCUCAUGAAUCCACAUGAAUUCACGUGGGUCAUCCUUCCCUUGCUGGUGGGUGAAAAGAGGCAGAUUUUAUACAUAAAGAGAGUUGCUGGGAACUUUGGCUGCUGAUCCUUUUCUCAUUUACUUACCCCAAGAGUUUAUCAGGGGCAAUCUUUUUGUCACCCUGAGCCCGGGGAAACCCUCACGUGGCAGAGAUCCUGGCGCCAGGGAGGGUAGAAGGGGGCUGUAAACCCUGGUGGGUGGAAAGCUGUGGAGACAGUGGAAAAGGGGGAGGAGGAGGGAAACGGGUCACAAGGAGGGAAGAUCCUGUGGGACCUGUGGAUCCUGUGGGACCACACAGCAUUCCAGCUGGGCAGUGUACACCUGCAGCCACGGGGUCUGUGGGGCUAGAGCUGCUGUCAGCCCUCCUGAAAUUGCUGUCCCAUCAUGAACUGAGUUAAUGGACGGGUUUAUUCAGGGCAGGGAAGUCAGCCUGGGGCUGAAGUACCCACACCCUGCUCAGAGCAGGACCUGACCCCCACCUUCAGCCCCUCACUGCUGUUCUGGGCCCCCUCCCUGCCCCACGAGCUUUGGCCUCUCUGCUGCUGCCAGCUCCUUGUGGGUGCCCAGUGGGGCUGGGAAGGGGCAAAAGCAGCAGGCUGAGCUCCGGGAGGG